AAAGAUGUAUCUUCAGUGAUAUUAUUUUGUUCACGCGUGACGGAACAUUCUACGCGAUAUUUUACACUCGAAGUCAUUAUCACUUUUGCGUUUGUUUGUAUAUGUUUUAAAGUUUCUAAAACCAGUUACUUUCAUUGGAAUAAAUAAUCAAAUUAGACUUGUUGGAAGUUCCAUUCGAUGGAUGUAUUCAUACGAUCUGAAAACACCUUGGCAAACUGAAUUUUCGACCGACAUAUUCUUCAGGUCUUUCAAAGGACUUCAAGGACAUCAACUUUUGCUGAACCGAACUCCAAUAGUCUGUGAGCAUUCAGAGUCAAUCAUCAAUUCAAGAUGUACGAAUAUCAAGAGUCUUUGAAUAUACCUCCAGCAUCCGGUACACCGAAUGAAGAUAUCAAAAAAGUUUUCGAUCUUCUCGCACAAGGGGAGGCUAAAAUGAGUACACAACCCAAACUCGAGAAUGUAACAUUAAUAAUGGGAAAUACAGGGGCAGGAAAAAGUACAUUAACGCAGAGACUUUCCGGAAAUGAUAACGCACUGAUGUCAAUCAAAGACGAUCUCGAUUACACCAUUAACAAACUUGACGGCACAGCAACCAACACCUCCUUUGCUACAUCUACAACAACAUUUCCAGAACUAGUGCUAGACAAGAAUGACACAAGUAUCGCGUAUUACGACUUUCCAGGAUACAUGGACACCAGAGGAACGCCUAAUAAACUCACAUCAUCUUAUUUCAUGAAAAAAGCUGUAGACAAAGUAAAACGCAUCAAGAUACUCAUUCUGAUAAAUCAUUUUUCGUUAACCAACAACAACCCAACGGAAGACUUCAUAAACCUUUUCAAACAUACCACCAAUUUCAUCAAAAAUAUUGAUAAAUAUAAAGAUGCUAUUGCUUUGGUUGUAACAAAAGUUCGGUAUCCUGGAAUUGCAGACAGCAUAAUCAUUCAAAAAAUAGCUGCAUCCAUCGAAAAAUACAAGAAAGUGUUGGAAAAACGAGCAGGCUAUGCCAAUGAAAUAAAACUUAUCGACCUGUUGUUACAGCAAGUAGGAGGCACGUUCCCAAAAAUACAAAUCUCCAGGUCACCCAAUCAAGAAGGGCUCCUAAGCAAUAUCCCUUUACUUCAAGAAAAUAAAAAACAAAUCAAAGCAAUGAUUGAGAACCUUAAUUUUGUAGAAAAAGUGGGAUCCGAUUUUGGUUACUUUGUACCAAACGACUCAUUACACGAUGUUGGUAAAGUAAUCCGUGAAAUAAACCAGAGAAUAUCAACGAGUAUUGAAAAAAGUGGCAAAGAAAUGCAGAAAUAUUUCAUCAAUCAAGAAGAUCAGAUUUAUGAUCUAUCUAAGCUGAGUAGUGAGACGAGCUUAGUUCACAGUAAAUUAGUCUACUUGAAGAAAGUAGCAAAAUUACAAAUAGAAUCCAGGAACUGUUUGCAAGAACUUCUGAGUUAUGCUGCCUCCAUGGAUAGCAAACCAAUUCAACAGGAUUUGCUCACCGCCAUGCAAUAUGCUCAAUAUUCUUCUUUCUUGCAGACUUUAAGCAAUUACCCAACAACAGGCACUGGCGAUUCAUUCACAUGUGCUGAAGGAUUGAACAAAAUCAUCCAGUACACCGAUAGGUCAAAAAAAUGGUAUAAAUUUUUGAUAGAGCUACACAACAGAUUGCACACAUAUGAAAUACAGAAAGAUAUCAGCAAUGGGUUGUGCACUGAACUUGCUAAUGCAGUAGCAGUAGCUCAUACAAAAGCAAUAAACAAUACCAUCCCACUUCUUGGUCCUCUAAAGAAAUGCUUCCCAAAAUACGACUAUGAAUUGAAUGAAAUUGCAAAAAUAACACUAGAUGAACCAAAAUUGAACACUUUGCGCAGAAUUUUGGACACCGCACUAAAAUAUAAUUUGUACCAUUUGUGUGAUUCUAAUAAGCUCACAAUGAAAGGCAACACUGUUAAACUCAGUGAUAUUUUCAAAUGCAACCGUGAACCAAUACCCAAUAACAUAGAAAUUUUUGCAUUGAACAAAGUAUUCAUUGAUACCGAUCUAAAUAUGACCAGUAAUGAAGCAAAACUUCGCAUUAUAGCACCAACUUGGGAAAAUUUGGGAAUUCGUAAAAUCACACUAGCAGAUGGACAUAGUUCACCAAAAGCCCAACGUGUCAUCAUUUUGAAAGAAAAUUCCACGGAUGGUGAAACUAAGCCACCUGGAACAUCCCCAGAAAAUUUCUUAGGCAUUGGUGAAACUUCAACCGAUCUUCAAGAGCUCACUAUCACAGUCAAUUAUGGUCAAAGCAACCCUAAAACACAAGUUGCCCCAGAUAAAGAUUCAUUCCCAAAUUCAUAUGCAAUAAACAAUUACAAAAUGUACGCUAGGGAAAACCUGUUUCACAAUUUACAGGAAUCUCAUCUAACAAAAUUUCUCAACCAUCUUGAAAAAAAUGAACUUGUUCAACGUUAUUUUUAUGACACCAAAGGCUUUCUGCAUGACUUCAAGAAUUUAGAAAGCCAAUAUCAUCAAAUGAUUAGUUCAGGUUCAAGAAAUGUAUUGGAUCUUUAUCAGUCACUAUUGAACAGAGUUGAAUCAUUUGCUUCUCAUAAUGCAGACAAUCUUCAUGCCAGCGAUAGUAAUGUGCUACAUUACCUAAGUAUGGCUAUUCUGAGUAGAAUUAGUAGCAUCAAAUAUGACUUGGAAAAUUAUCAAGUGGUGGAUAUCAACGGGUAUUUCCCUUUAGUAGAGAGCCAUAUAGAAGAGUACAAAAAACAGCUGAAAGAGAUUCAAAUAAAUACAUUGAAAGAACAAUAUGUGAACACAAUAAAUGCACAAAUAUCUGAAGCUCGUUAUCUAGUUGAGCAAUCAAUUUUUCCACAAAUUGAUGAAAUUCGUCAGCAAAUAGACAAUCAGAUGAAUCUACUCAUUCAGGACAUAGAGGAACAAAGAAAACAAGCAGUAAUUGAGAAGACCGAGUUGAUAAAAAAACAAACUGAACUCGCACAGCAAAUGCCAUUGAGAAGUUUACUCAAGUUGUUGAAUACAGCCAGUUCAUGUCUCCUAUUUCUCGGUCCUUGGGCCGUAGCAGGAGCACAACUAGUCACUAGCUACGCUCAAAGUUUCAUGGAACCUGAUGAAACAGCAAAAACUGCCUUUGCCCAAGUCACAACUACCCAUGAGCGUGAACAACAAUCACUCAGAGAAGUUUUGGAAUCAAAUGAAAUAGAAAGUGCAUCCAGUAGUGUAUCAGAUCAAAAUGAUGCAAAGUUCAGGGAAAUCUCUAAUGAAGUUAGUUCAUUAAACAGUACACUCCAUCAGUCCAUUGUACAAGAGGAUGCCUACAAUGCAAUCAAAAAAAAUAUCAAGGAGAAAUUGACGGAAUAUCACGACGACCUACUCGCCCAAAAAGCUGAACUAGAAAAACAAACAAAUUAUGAAUCAGAAUCCAAACACAUUGAAACUAUACAAGAAAUAGAUUCAAAAAUCAACUGGGCUAAUGUUAUGCAAACAACUUUUGGUGUAUUAGAAGGUGUUGCUGAUUACAUUAAGGAUAGGGCACAGCAAAAGCAUAAAAAAAUGAUUACAGCAAUAGGGGACAGAAUACAACUUGUGCAGAGCAAAAUUAACCGCAUGCAAGAUUAUGAACAUGAUUUAAAGGCAAUUUUCAUUCCCAAGAUUGGUAACACCCAAGGAAAUUUGCUAACAAUGGUGCAAAAUUCAACCAAUGAAUCUCACGCUGGUCUUGACUUUAGAAGAUGGAAAAUGCAACAUUUUUUGAAUAAUUUCCAGCAGGAAAUGAAGAAUAUAGUUGAAAUAUCAUCCAACCCUGCCAUCAAGAGGAAAAUUACACUAUGUAUAGAUGAUUUAACUAGUGGAAUGAUGACAACUCUUCAAAUAUUUGACCGUAUACAAGAUUAUAAAGAUAAACAAAAAUUUGCCAACUAUAUUGCAGAUCUUAAAUCAGCAGCAACGAUGACCAAUUAUGGAGAAUAUAAGCAAGAUAUAGAUGAAUUGGAGCUGAUAAUCAAAUCAAAUUUGGUGCUACAAGAAUAUGAAAAAGCUCUGGGUACAUUCAAGCAAUACAUUUUCCCAACUGCCAACAUGUACAUGGAUCAGUUCAAUGUAUCAUCAUUUCUCAGACCAACCAACUUGACUGAUGUUAUCAACAAAGCUGGGAAAGAGAUACAUGUCUUAAGAGAUGCUUUGACAAAAAAACUCACUACAGUGACCAACCGUAAUGAUUAUAUAUUCUCAGACAUAAGAUAUAAUCUGAUAAAUGUAGAUCAAAAGCCAUUUUUCACAUGGAAAUAUGACACACAUAAAGAAGAGAUACAUAAAUUACUGCAGGGGCAUGAAAUUACCAUGAAGUCUGACGUUACCCAAGGAAUUGUGAAAAAUGCUGUCAAGUUUAAAGAAAUAGGGAUCAGGUUCAAGUUAGCCAAUGAGACAAUGCAAACUUACUUAGAUAAAGAAACGAUGAAUUUCUUGAUAAAAUUAACACAUUCUGGUGACUCCUACUACAGAUGCAACAAUAGAUACUAUGUCUUAAACCAUAACGUCAUCAGUCUGCAACACACCGUGAAUACUGAUCCUCAGAAUUAUCCUCACUAUGGUCACGAUGAUGAAACAUCAAAGCGUCUAAAAGUAAAUGAACCUUUGUUUAGCCCAUAUGCUACUUGGAGGAUGCAAUUAAUAAGCAGGUCUCAUGACAUGCAUGAAAUUCUAUCAAAAAAUAGCUCCAUAUUUGACCCAUUCAAACAAUUUUUCAACCAACCGAUAGAUCUUGUGCUAGAAGGAUAUGGAGGACAUAUGAGCUAUCCAGCUAAAGUCUGUAAUGAUGAUUUAGAAAAUUAUUAUACUCUGGUUGAAUCAAUAUCUGAACCAUUGCACUACAAUGAGCAUCAACGCCUCUCUAAACGGCAUGUAAGACGUGGCGUUGUUACUAAUCCUGAUGAACCAAUUAAAAGCUCUGCAAACAUCAUCAAAUCUCCAAUAAACACUGCAAUCCGCUUCAUAGGUGACAUUUUGGGUACUUGGAGAUCAAUCUACUUGCCAAAUACAAUUAAUUACUAUUCAAUCAAGGAAGGUGUUCAGUCUUGGUUUGGAGAACUGACACCAUUCAAUGUUCACACAACCAAGGACUUUGAUAAUCAUUUUGGUAGUGCUGCCACAUUCAAUGCAUAUGAAUCAUUAACAUUGAUUGACUUUUUUGUUCGAUGGGUUACAAAGGUGAAACCAUAUGACAAUACAAUCGAUGGAUCAGUAAAUUCUAGCGAAGUUACAGCUUCUGUGCUCAAUAUUAUAACCGAAUUGGAAAAGUUGCUGAAUGAUCUAUCCAUUGAGUACAAUUUACCAACUGAAUCUUUGGAAUUUGAUCCAAUUGUUCUAAUGGCUGCACUAGAAAAAGAAGUGAUCAAUGGUAAUUGUGAGAAGUUGGCAGAAAUUAUACUCCAAACUGUAAUGGGGAGUUUGCAUAAUCCACACAAUGCUGAAUUUUGCAAUGAUGUAGCAAAAAAAAUCACUGAUGUAUUUGGGAAGGAAAAAGAUCAAAAGUCGAUUUUGUUUACAUCAGUUGCUAUUUGCAAAAAUGAAUAAGACUCUCAUUCACUCUCCACAAAAUUUGUUUUCUCCAACGUUUGACUCACUUUCACAUUCUUUUUUAUUUGCACUAAAUUCACAAUUUUAAUCAGAAAAAAUCAGAAGAUUUUUUUAUUUAUACACUUUGAUUCAACUUGUAAUUUUUAAGAAAUACAUAGGUAAUUACCUACCUAUUAUUCAUUACCUAUUCUUAUUUUUAUACAUGAUCAAGCAAAUUUCAAUAAAGUAAAUAUUAUCAUACCUA